UGAGGGAAACAUGACAUAUUCCAUGAUCACGGUAUAACUCCUGUAAACUCUUGUUGAAGUGAGAAGCAUAUGUGCUCUUCUGUUUAUGAUCUCAAGUAGCCUAUAAGUUGAAUACAUCAGGAAGAGUCUCGAGAAGAACCUCAUUGGACUCGAUUGUUGGUGACAAGCCACUUUUAAUUCCGAAAAGGAAACAACCUCCUUAAUAUGGAACUGAAAGUAACCAUGUCAGGAAAAGGAAAUGGGUCUACAUAUUCUCAGUUGAGUUUCUUUCUGUGCAUUCUUCUGUAUUGCUGGGUUCUAUUUAAUCCAGUAAAUGGCUACUCAAUGAAACACUGCAGAAUCAGGGAAUCUCUAAAUAUGUCUGUGCUAUGUGAUAGCAGGAACCUCAAUGCCGUACCAGCAGACAUUCCAUCAUUGGUGAGAUCUGUAAACAUAGCAAAGAAUAACAUUUCACAGAUAAAAAGUGAGGACUUCAAAGAUCUAUCGAUCCUCAAAAUGUUAAUCAUGUACAGCAACAGGAUCUCUCAUGUGGAGAAUGGGUCUUUUUCAGACCUGGUGGCUCUAGAGCAGCUGAAUCUGGCCUUUAACAAACUCACGUCCCUCUCAGACCAAAUGUUUAAGGGCCUGGACAACCUCGUAGUACUACAAUUGGAUAACAACCACAUCUCAAGUAUCGCAUCAUCAUCUUUUCAGUUACUCUUCAGCUUGAAGGUACUGAACUUAACCAGCAACAAACUGCAUUGUUUAAAGGAGCUUCAGCCCAUUUUACAAUUACCAAGCUUGCUGAAGUUGUUUAUUGGGAACAACAGCUUGACCUCUUUGCAGUCACAGGAAAUAUCAAAUAGGUCAAUAGGGCUGACAGAGCUGGAUCUAUCCAGGAAUCCUCUGGAGAGCUUCAGCGUCACAGCAGAUAUAUUUCCCCAUCUUAAGAAAUUAGACCUCUCCUUCUGUGGCAUUAAUGAAAGCAUGGAAUGGGAUGUGGCGGACAGGUAUUUUCUGAGUAAUGUGAGCAGUCUCGACUUGAGUGGCAUUCAAAUGUCUUUACAGGGGAUGAGUUCGGUGCUCCAGAGCAUCAACUUUUCAUUGGCAUCUCUGGGGCUGGAUAAAAUAGGAAGAGAUAAUCUCAUUAAUGUAGCCUGCCACAUACCUACACUGAAGACACUCCGAUUGCAAUGUAACAACUUCAGUACUGUCUCUGACAAGCUGCUGCAGUCCUGCACACAGGUGACUGACCUUGACAUAUCAGGUAAUAAUAUUACUGACCUGUCAGAAGACGCUUUUAGAUCAAUAAAAAAUCUUAGAACUCUGAGACUAGACUAUGACGGCCUCUCUUCUGUGCCGAAUGCUACAAGGAAUCUCCCCACAUUGAAAAAAUUGGAUCUCAGCCACAACAUCAUCAAAACUUUAGGAUGCUCGGAUUUCUCCAAUCUAAGAAGACUUGUAAAACUCUAUCUUAACAACAAUUUAAUCUCAAACCUUGAAUGUUGUGUUUUCCAGGAUUUGAGGGCCUUAAAUAGCCUGACACUUGGAAGGAACAGAAUCCUAAACUUGGGUGAUGCUUUCACGAAGGGUUUGCUAAAUUUAAAGAGCUUGGAUUUAGGAUUCAAUAAACUAACCAACAUCAGAACAAAGUCCUUCAAAAGCUUAAGAUCACUCGAGGAUUUGUCUUUACAUGACAAUCAAAUAAAGACACUGGAAGAUGGGGCCUUUGUGGGUUUGGCCAAACUUAAAAUACUUGUCCUGCUAAACAAUGUUAUCGGUAGAAAUGAAAUCCGAGGUGCUGUGUUCAAAGGACUUAGAAUAUUAAAAACUCUCAAUUUGGCUUCCAAUGCUAUCAGAUAUGAAAAAGAUGAACUACUCCAACAACCACCCUUCACUGACCUGUCAUCUCUGGAAAACCUCUACAUAUUUAGUCAGCAUUAUAGUAAGUAUAAGAUACAGAAUUAUCUACCUUCCAACUUUCUUGAAGGUCUGAAAAAGUUAUCAGAGUUCCAAGCAGGGAAUCUUCACAUUAUGUUCCUGCACCCUAACACAUUCAUUCACACACCCCAGAUGUUGUCUCUUGAUAUCAGCCAGAAUUGGAUCAAAGCCCUCUCCCCAAAGCUCUUUCACCCAAUCCCCAAGCUCAAAAGACUCACCGUCUCCAAAACUGAACUUGGGUCAUUAGAUUUCCUUAUAGAAGCCAACCUCACUCAAGUCCGUUUCUUAAAAGUGAGACAGAAUGAAAUUACAUGGACCAAUGAGACAGUGUUGCACUCUCUCCCAGCCUUAACUCUCCUGGAUAUGCAAAGGAAUCCUUUCAUCUGUGACUGCAGAAAUGCUUGGUUUGUUCAAUGGGCGGAGAGCAACAACCAAACACAAGUUGCUUAUGCCUAUGACUAUCCAUGUAGCUAUCCAGAAGAUCUAAAGGACAGUAAACUGUUGGACCUGGACACCCACUCUUGUUCAGUGGACAUAGGCUUCUUCUACUUCAUCUCAACCACUUCUCUGGUCCUCCUCACCCUGCUGGGGUCCUUUAUCUAUCAUCUCCUGAGGUGGCAGGUGGUAUAUGCCUACUACCUCUUCCUGGCUUAUCUCCAUGACACCAAGCGGAAGAACAGACAAACUCCUCAUCAGUACGAUGCCUUCAUUUCCUACAACACCCAUGAUGAAUCCUGGGUCAUGAGGAAGCUGCUGCCAGAGUUGGAGGGAGAGCAGGGCUGGAAGUUGUGUCUGCACCACCGGGACUUCCAGCCAGGUAAACCCAUCAUAGAGAACAUCACAGACGCCAUCUACAGGAGCAGAAAAACCAUCUGUGUGAUCACCCACCGAUAUCUGGAGAGCGAGUGGUGCUCCAGAGAGAUACAGGUGGCUAGCUUCCGUCUUUUUGAUGAGCAGAAGGAUGUGCUGAUCCUGGUGUUUCUAGAGGAGAUCCCAGAACACCAGCUCUCACCCUACCACCGCAUGAGGAGGCUGGUGAAGAAACGCACCUACCUGAGCUGGCCCAGAGCUGGGGAGCACACCGGGGUCUUCUGGCAGAAACUCCAGGUGGCUCUGGAGACCAGGGACUGGCCUGAGGAGAACCCCAUCCUCACCGGGGUGGAGAGACAGUGACAUAGACAACUGUCAUGCUCUGCUUUAUAUUCUAUUUUUGGUAACAUUUUAUAUAUUACAUGAUUGAAUAACAUUGACCAAUGCUAAUAUUUAAUCAAUCUAAGGAUAUAAUAGGCCUACACUUAGUUACAUGUGUUGAUUACUAUUUCUAUUAACCUAGCUAAUAUUGCUCAUUCUGAUACUUCUUAACUCUUUUUAAAAAACUUUUAGCAUUAUGUGUGUAUUGUUUUGCAUUGCUAUAUAUUACUGCACUGUUGGAGCUAGAAAACACAAACAUUUCGCUGCACCUGCGAUAACAUCUGCAAAUCUGUGUACGUGGCCAAUAAACUUUGAUUUGAUUUGAUUAGUUACCUCUUACUUGUUGUUUUUAGCUUCUUUAAAAACACUGAUUCUCUUUGGAAUGAA